AUGUAUGUGUCUGCAGUUGGGCGAGCGUCUGCACGAGUUGUAAAAGCAGCAAGGGAAGGUGUACUACUGAAAUCAGCGCUAUCACUUACACCUGAAGCAGUUGCACGUGUGAAAGAACUUUUAAAAAGGCAGCCUGAAAUGAAUGCUCUUAGGGUUGGCGUAAGACAGCGAGGUUGUAGUGGAUUAACGUAUACACUAGAUUAUGCCAAAGAAAAGGGGAAAUUCGACGAAGAAGUAAUACAGGACGGUGUCAAACUUUGGAUUGAUGCUAAAGCUCAGUUGACUUUGUUGGGCACUGAAAUGGAUUAUGUUAAAUCACCAUUAGCUUCUGAAUUUGUUUUUCGUAAUCCGAAUAUAAAAGGCACAUGUGGAUGCGGUGAAAGUUUCAGUAUUUAA